AUGGGCCUGGCCAGGAUCGGUGCAUGUGCACAGUUCUUUUGUUCCGCUACCCUCGCGCGGGUCACGCGCGCGGCGGAGGGCGCCGUGCUCCUUCAGGCGCGAUGCUGGCCAUCGCUGCCACCAGGACACGACACAGCGGCAGUGGAUAUGGUCAUGUCCUGGCGGCGCAUCAAGGCGCGCGCGGCGGGGGCGUUCGAGAACGCGCUCCCGGACGUCGCCAAGUACAGCAAACGCAACGCGGGGAGCCAGCCUGGGGACUUGGGGCUCCAGGUGCGGAAGCUGAACAGGUUCGACACCACGGACGGCCCCGCGCUCAAGGAGUGCGGCCCGGGCCCCAACUGCUUCUCCACCACCUUCGACCCCGAGGACGUCGCCUGCUCCACCGCGCUGCGGCCCUGGAGCCCGCCGCCAGGCACGCCGGCCGCGGAGGCGCUGGCGCAGCUGCGGGAGGAGAUCGCGGGCUACCCGCCAGGUCAGAAUGGCGUCGACGGCGGCGGCUUCAGGGUAAUCACCGCCCAAGACAAUUAUCGAAGGCGCCUUUCGAGAGCCUGA